AGACCAAUAAGAUUUUAAUACUAGAGAAUGUCAAUUUUGUCAUCUGGUAGGAGAAUAGAUACACAAUAUAAUUUUUUAUAUAUUUAGAAAAAUAGUAGUAAGUAUACCACAAAUAGUAUGUACAUUAAACAUAAUUAGACGUCCAUGGAAAGUAGAUUUUUUUAGACAGUUUUAGUUCGCGUUCCUCACAGAUAGCACAUAAACAAUGUUGUAGUACAUUUUAGUUUUAACAAAGUACAGUAAAAAUAUUUUAAUAAUAUAAAUCUAUCAAGUUUACUGAAAAAAUACUCAAUCACUACGUUGUUUCUCGAUGGAGAAACAAAAAUGGCUAUUCCUGACGUUGUUGUUGACUCAAGCGUCAGCAGAAAAUAAUUCUUCUUCACCUGAUAAGAAACCAAUAGAAAAGUCAUCAAAAGAUUCUCUGGUUUAUAAUGAAUCCAAAAAAACAGAUAAACGUGGUUUGGAUAACACUUUGGGAUAUGGUAAUAUGAAUAAAGGAAGAGGUGCAUUUUCAGCUCCAGACGGUACCGAAUUCCCGGAUUUUCCGUUUAUACAUGGUAACACGGCGGACAGUUCAAGUAGUCAAUUGACGAAUGGAGAAACAACUGAUCAAUUUGGUAAUUUCAACUUUGAAAACAAUAAAGAUCAUCAGGUACCAACUGUGGGCAUUGGAAAUACUGGCCAUACUUCACAUUUUACACAAAUUCACCAUGGAACUAUCGGUGUCGGCGAAAAUCAUGUAUCUCCAUUAAAACAAGGAACCAACCAACCACAAAAUCACGGCUGGAUGGGAAGCCAUUUUAAUGGAGGAGGUAACACUGUCGGAGGAACAUCAGAUGAUAAUUCUGGGGUUAGUGGUUUUGGAAAUCAUGAUGACGGUGGUAACGGAGGAGACGGGUAUAGUUUUCUUCGCGAAUUCGAAGGAUACAGUGGAGGUGGUAGUGGAAGUGGAGGUCAUGAAACUGAAGGAGGUGGUCAUGGAGGCAGCCACGAAGAACACGUCAAGACGGUAUACAUAACAAAAGAAAUUCCUGUACCUUAUCCCGUUCAUGUUGAAAAAAAAGUACUUUAUCCAGUCAGAGUGCCUUACGAAAAACCGAUUCCUUACCCUGUUCAUAAGCCUUAUCCUGUACACAUCGAAAAACAAGUUCCGUAUCCUGUCAGGGUACAUGUGCCACAACCCUAUCCAGUUACGGUCGAAAAGCACGUACCAUUUCCAGUUAGAGUAAACGUCGAUCGGCCUAUUCCUGUUCACAUCCCAAAACCUUAUCCAGUUUACAUCGAAAAGAAAGUACCUAUUGCUGUUGACAAACCAGUUCCGUAUCCGGUGAAAAUACCAAUAGAUCGGCCAGUACCUGUACACAUACCAGUUGAGAAACCGUUCCCGUACCCAGUUGAAAAAAAAAUUCCUUAUCCAAUAAAGGUACCUGUAGAUCGGCCGUACCCCAUACACGUGUAUAGAGCAUACCCAGUGCACAUCGAAAAACCUGUACCAUAUCCUGUAAAGGUACCGGUAAAAGUUCCAUAUCCGAUCGAUGUCAGAUUUCCCGGUCAUGGACACGCGCAAGGACAACAACAGCAAAAUCAACACGAAGGGCAACAUCAAAAUAACUUAGGAUACACAAGCGAUGGUUAUCAAGUGGAUAAUUUCGACCAAGCAUUUAACAAUGCGUUUGGAGUAAAUGGUCAAAAUGACGCUUUACGAGAUCAACAAAAUUUUGGCGAACGCAAAGGAAAGAAUGAACGACAUUUUAGAAGACGUGGGUAAUGUGUUAAGGAUGUAACUAUAUCAUUUUACCAAUACCAUUAGAAAUAAAUACUAUCGUUUCGCGUAUCAACCGUAAGUGAUUUGCUGCCAUUUUGUACAACCCAAUUCGCCUUGGAUGCGACAAUAAAUAUUAGUAUUAUAUAAUAUUUAAUUCGAAUCUUGAAAUAUAUUAUACAAUGUAACUUUUAGUAAUAUUAAUAUUUCUAUUUUUGUAUAACGUACAAAUUAAUAUAGAAACAACUUAUUAUACUGUUUUUAUUCUUGGCCCUCUUGGUUACUUACUAUUGUUUAAAAAAUGUAUAUUUUAAUGAUUAUAAUAAUUAAUAUAUUUUUUUUCUA